GGAGAAGAGCAGCCAACAGGUCUUUAGAGGAUUCCAGAUGUGUCCCCUAAUGGAGAGAACGUUUUGCCUCUGCUGGAGGGUGAAAGCGGCUGUCUGGAUGAGCUAUAAGGAGGACUUGUGGAGAAAUGCAAUUACAGUAUAGAUGCUAUGCUGGCUGAAGGUGAAAGCAUGGCAAGUACAUCGCUAUGUGCUGCUAAUUCAUCAGCGUCUCAGAAUCUUCAGAAAAUGUCUGGUUUUGUAGAAAAUAAGACGACACAGUGCUCGUUUUCCAUUGAAAGUAUUUUGGGACUGGAGCAGAAAAAAGAUGUCGUUCCAGCUGUGAAACCUCACAGACCGUGGACUGAUGCAUGCACCAACUUGGUUUUAGGUGAUGACAGUAAUACUCAUCUGCAAAUCCCUGUUGUUUGCUAUGAAAAUCAAUUAUUUCAUGCUAACAGUAAUCCAGUGCAAGAGGAAAGAGUUUUGAAAUGUGAAAAAUAUUUUUCAGUCACUGAAAGGCUAUCUUUCAAACGGGAAUUGAGCUGGUACAGGGGUAGAAGACCAAGAACUGCAUUCACUAGAAACCAGAUUGAUGUCUUGGAAAAUGUUUUUAAAAUGAACUCCUACCCUGGCAUUGAUAUUAGAGAAGAGCUAGCUCGCAAAUUAGAUUUAGAUGAAGACAGGAUCCAGAUCUGGUUCCAGAACCGUCGUGCAAAGCUGAAAAGAUCACACCGAGAAUCUCAGUUUCUAAUGGUGAAAAAUACUUUCACCUCCAGCCUGCUAGAGUAGAAAGAAGGAUGGUUUACUGUUACGGUACUACAGUAGAACACGAAUUACUGGAAUUUUCAUAACUUGUAUUAAGUAAUGAUAUAUUAAUUAUGGUUUUAUCCCCAGAUUUGAAAGAUUAUGGUAAUCUUCAUUCAAAUAAACUGUAAAUACUUGAAGUAUUAUUAUAAUCUACUUUUUGUGGGAAAAGUGAACUUUUCAUAUAUAUU